UUUCAUUCAUUGAAUCCCUUGGUGAGAAGCUGAAAACCAAUAUAUCAUUAUCUCAUAACCUCACCUCGACAACCUUUUAUUCUCUAUUCUUAAUCACAUAGUCAUCAUAUCCAUCACAAUGUCCGGCCUCAAAUACACCUCCAAGCUCGCCGACAAGCGCGUCCUCAUCCUCGGCGGCACCUCCGGCAUCGGCUUCGCCGUCGCCGAAGCCUCUCUCGAAGCCGGUCUGCUGGUCACCAUCUCCUCCUCUUCCGAACCCAAACUCUCCAAGGCUUUGGACCGGUUGCGCUCAUCCGCCGCCUACGUGCCCACCUCUGUAGCCGGGGGCGAGAUCCCCCGCCUCACCGGCUUCACCUGCGACUUGUCGGGCCCAUCCACGGUCGAACAGAGUCUGAAGACCUUGCUAGACCAAGCCACCUUGGAAGGCCGCCAUAAGUUCGACCAUGUCGUCUUCACCGCCGGUGACGCGCUGGCCCUGAUGUCCGUCGGGCAGAUCACCCCCGCCGGCUACGAAAGAGCGGCCGCCGUGCGCUUCAUGGCCCCGCUCAUGCUCGCCAAGCUUUUGAGCGAUGGCACAUACUUCAACCACGGCGUCCGCUCCUCCAUCACCUUCACGGGCGGUACCAACACCGAGAAACCCAUCCCGGGUUGGGCGGUAGUAGCGGCCGUGGGCGGCGCGUGUGAGGGCCUGGUUAGGGGCCUGGCGGUGGAUUUGAAGCCGACGAGAGUCAACCUGGUUAACCCCGGCGCGGUGCAGACGGAGCUGUUUGAUGGGUUUGGGAAGGGGGAGCAACUGGAGGCGGUUUUGGACGGGUUUAAGAAGGGGACGCUGACGGGGACGGUCGGACAGCCCGAGGAUGUGGCGGAGGCGUAUUUGUAUUUCAUGAGGGAUAAGUUCGUUACGGGAAGGUGUUUGGGCACGGAUGGAGGAAGGCUUUUGGCUUAAGCUCCCUGAGGGAUCUUUGAUUAAUUGAGAUUUGUCAACCUUUCACCAUGAUAUGAUGUCUGGAUUGGAUUGAAUUGUUCGAGUCGACCUCAGUUUUUAGGUAGAGGUAUGCUUCGGAUAUCUCGUCGCAUCAUGCACUACAUCAGUACGUUACCUAGGUCGAUUAUUAUCAUCCGUUUCAAAACACUCUCCUCAUCAUCGCCUCCUUCACAAUACAGUACUAAUCACCGCCCUCCGAAC